GUUCGCCCGCACAGAAUCUUUGCCAGUCAUUAGCGUCCGGGUCAACCUUCCGGUCUUGUUUGCUCUCUGAAAUAAAAUGCUAGUCAUCAAACCUUUACCCAGUUACGGCUGUUUGAUUUGUGGUUUCAGGUGUUUCUCCAGUCAAAUGAGCAUCCUCCAUUGGAAAUAUUGGCAUCACGCAUUCAUCGCCUCCGCACCAACGUCUUCCGUCAAACCGAGUCCGGCUGAUGAUGACCCAUCGGUGAAGAAGCGACCGGAACAAGUGUCGUCUAGUCCGACGUUGGAUUCUCAGCGCACAGGAUCGGCGGUGCCCCAAACACCAGCACGUAACCCACUGACGUUACUGGUUCAGUCUAGACAGCCGAGCCGAUUGAUUGCAACUUUCAAGGAUAAAAACAUCACAGCCGUGCCUCCCGGAAGUAAAAAUUGGUCGUGCACUCAAUGCGGCAAACAAUUCCGGCGCUCCAGCACGCUGGCGACGCAUCGCCUAAUUCAUUCCGGAGUCCGCCCCUUCAGCUGCCAUUUCUGUUCCAAGAAAUUCUAUCAAAAUUCUGAUCUCAAAAAACACAUCUUCGUUCACACAGGUGAAAAGCCUUACCGAUGCAUACAAUGCGGUAAAACCUUUAGCCAAUCAUCCAACUUGUUGACGCAUCAACGAAGACACGCCGGAACUCAUCCGGGCCGUCGACGCGUAGCCACUCAAGCGACUCAACCGCAAGUCUACAGUUAAAAUUUCUUUAAAAGAUUAAAAAAAGAAAGCUGCAACAACUUGAAAGAAAAAGUUCCGGCCUUUCACCCCAAUUGUGAGACAAACAAACAACUAAAUCAAAAACAAAACAAAAAAUCCAAGCGUCAGAGACCCCAUUCGACUUGUUUUGAUGUUGUUGUUGUUGUUUACUUGGCCCUUAUUUGGCGAUAUGUGCAAAAAUGUAAGGGAAGGUUACGCAGGUCUCUCUCUCUCUCUCUUUUGUUUGCGUCACAGAGUGCGCGAUUCUAACCCAAGGCAACAAGUUGUUUACAAAAGUUUCAAUCUUUUUGGCUUGGUGCCCAUUUUCAAAUAAACAAGACCCCAGAGCGCGUCGGAUCACCAAGUUUUUCCUUUUCGUUAUUUAAAAAAAAACUUAUGUAAAAUACUCAAUAAAUUAUUGAAAUUCAAAACUUUUUAUCGAGACUGACGCCAACACGGUGUACUAUUUUUCUUUCAUUGAAAUAUUUUCCACAGCGGUCGAAUUAAUAA